AUGUCGCAGUCCCUUGCUGGCGACACGCAGACGCUGUCCGAGUUCGAAGCCGAGCAGCGGGCUGCAGAAGCUGCAUCUUUCGAUGAAUCCCACACUGCUGGUUUCGACUUCGCUGCCCUCGUGCCCAUCAACGACUCUGCGAGGUUCGCUUUCGAUCAAGUUGUCCGUCUCAAGCUUGCUGAUGCCGGUUGGAACUCACACGCCCGUGAAUUUAUCCAUGUGAAUCAAGAGCUAGAAACACUCGAUGGUGACGACUCGGACGUUGAAGUUGGCGCAGUCAACAAGACUAUCUACACUGGCCACUUCCGCAUGAGCUUGAGUCUGCCUCCUGCUCGUCCUCCUCGCGGAUGGGUCAUCGGCUGCGGUAAACAGGCGCUGUCAGAUCCUGAUGUCGACUUCCUCGUCACUGUCGAUCGAAAAAGGGAUCGCGUCGCGUCGCAGCAUGCUCAGAUCGUGUUCCACCGAGAAACGCGUGUGCUGAUGCUCAAGGUGCCGCCCUCGAAGCGCGCUUUUCUCGACGGUGUCCUCGUCGCUGACGGUCUCCGCUUCCACCAAGAUCGCAAAGACGAUUUCCUGCGAGGUCUUGACCGACUGGCUGAGCUCACUAACCUCUUCGACGGCGAUCGUAUCGAGACUGUUGACCCGACGCCUUCUGACCAAUACUUCGUCCUUCGAGGUUACGAACUACAGACUCCCCAAGCCGCCGGCGCCUAUGGUGUUGUGUCUGCGUGUAUCAAGAUCAACACAGGUGACGUAUAUGCAGUGAAGAGAGUGAAGAAGGCGAAAGACGACCGUGAAUUGAAUAUACUUGGUCUCCUCAAGUCACAUCCACAUAUUUGCUCACUAGUUGAGUCCUUUACCCUCGGCGCCUCACGGGUGCAGGAAGUAUAUAUGAUCCUCACGCCCUACGCGCCUCAGACCUUGCUGGCGCUCAUGCGUCGCCGACCCGACUUUGCGACUGGAUUGCAUGUUCUCGCUCAGGUUGCUCAAGGCUUGCUACAUAUACACAACUGUGGCAUCAUACAUCGUGAUGUCAAGCCUGACAACAUCCUCAUCGCCGACUCUCGUGUCGUCGUUACCGACUUCGGUCACUCUACCAUCGAAACAAAUUCAAAAGACCACUUCAAGGGCACACUACACUAUCUCCCACCAGAGAUCUACGAGCUGAAGAGAGGCAUAUCAAAUCGCGGCCUGUGGUCUGACAGAUCAGAUGUCUUCACCUUCGCCGUCGUCGCAGUCGAGCUACUGUACGGCAGCUUCAGGCGUAAUGAAGAGAAAAUGAUCAGUCGACCGGUUCAGAUGGACCUCCUGCGGAACUUGGCCAAAAUGAAGACAGACGUGAGUAAACUGAUGACUACUUUGCUGGCAUGGGAACCGCGGAGGAGAUUGGCCAUGGUCGAUGUGGUCCGGUCGAGUAUCUGGCCACCGGCCGAUCCUUCCUCGCCUUCAAGGAAACGCCUGCGGAGCGAGGCCUCUUGA